CUUGUACGAUAUGAGAAAAGACUUCUUUUUUUUUUGGUAUUUAUGAACUUUAAGUGCGCUUGGUAGACGUAUAAAAUGGUAUGCCAGUUGUUGAUGAUACAAUAUUGUAAACAGUCGUGAUACGAAGAAAAGCAAGAAGACAGUAUAUCUGAGGAAAAUAGUAAAAAAAAAUUAUGUCCGACAUCUCCGAGAAUCAAAGGAUACGUAACUAUUAUAAUGUCGCACUGAAAUUAGUCAUGAAAUGUGGACCUGUAGCGUGCGCGGGUUACGAAGAAACCAAUAUUGAUUUUGAAACCAAAUCAGCUUACUAUGAUUUCGUAACAAUCUAUGACAAGCAAGUGGAGGAUCUACUCAUAGCUGGACUGCAAACGGCAUUUCCCGAGACAAAAGUCAUAGGCGAGGAGAGUACAGCGGAGGAUAAGAGUGAACCAGUGUUAACAGAUGCACCCACAUUGUGCAAGCUGACGUCUAAUUGCUCCGGAUACCGUGGCUUUGGCAGCGCCGCCGUAACACUCUGUUAUGUGGCGCGUGGCUGUAUUGACUGCUUUACCGUAGAGGAUCUACAGCCAUGGGACAUUGCGGGCGGCGCUUUAAUCGUUCUUGAAGCAGGAGGUGUGGUGUAUAAUUUUAAAGGAGGCGAAUUUUCGAUAAUGAAACCAAAUUGUGUUGUAGCAGCGACAAAGGAGCUUGCAAAGGAAGUGAUAGGCGUGAUCAAUGAGGCUGAUGAGUUGAGAGAGCGGCAGAGAGAGGCGGAGAAAGAAAAAGCGGAGUAAUUGCGUAAGCGUUGUUUUUUUUUUGGGAUGUUUG